AGCUGUCGGGGCGGGGGGCGGAACGGGGUGUCCUGAGAGCACGUGGGUUGCGCUCCAAGUUUGUCCGCGCGCGUCUCUGCGGCCAUGGAGGGAGCGAAGGCGGCUCCGGCUAAGGCGGCUCCGGCUCAGCCGGCUGACGGAGAAGCCGGGUCCGAGUGGAGCAUCCCGCCCAACGCGCCCGCCUGCAUGGAGCGGCACCUCGACGGGGCCCACUACCGGGCAGAUGGUUCUUUGCUCCUGGGAGCUUCCAGUUUGAGUGGACGUUGCUGGGUGGGUUCUAUUUGGGUGUUCAAGGACCCAUCGAAAGCUCCUAAUGAAGGCUUUUGCUCUGCGGGAGUUCAGACUGAAGCAGGAAUAGCAGAUCUGAAAUGGGUUGCUGAUAAAGGCAUCUUGGUAGCUUCGGAUUCAGGUGCCGUGGAACUUUGGGAACUAGAUGAGAAUGAAACUCUGAUUGUGAACAAAUUCUGUAAGUACGAGCACGAUGACAUUGUGACAACAGUGAGUGUCCUUGCCAACAACACACAGGCCGUCAGUGGCAGCAAAGACUUCAGUGUGAAGAUCUGGGACAUCCCUCAACAAACAGUACUCAACACCUACAGAGCUCAUUCCAGUCCAGUGACAUGUGUGGCCUCCUGCCCUGGGAAAGACACCGUGUUCCUGUCCUGUGCAGAGGAUGGCAGGAUUUUACUCUGGGAUACCAGAUCACCAAAACCAGCAACUCGGAUUGCCUGCAGUGCCUUUAGUAACCUCCCUACCUCCCUGGUGUGGCAUCCACACCGAACGGACACUUUUGUAUUGGGUGACGAAAGUGGGACUGUUGUCCUUGUGGACACAAAGAACACAGACUCUGCCCUAAGCUCACCUGUGCACUCCCGAAGCAUCACCGGAUUUGCUUUUUCUGCACAUAGCUCACCCCUGUUGGCUUCCAUCAGUGAAGACUGCUCAGUAGUUGUUCUUGACUCGAGCUUCUCAGAAGUUUUUAGAAACCGGUCCCAUCGAGACUUUGUGAAAGGCUUAUCGUGGUCACCAUUAAACAAAGUCUCACUGACAACGGUUGGAUGGGACCAUCAGGUUCUACAUCAUACAGUCCCGACGCAGAAUAACCAUCCUUCUGGAAAAAACAACAUAACUUCAUAGAUCUGUGUGUUCCAUUUGGGGUCAUUCUCCCUGGAAUAGCAUCUUUUUUGCUUUCGGUUUUUUGUUUUUGUUUUGGUCAAGUCCUGGGGAUGAAUAUGGCCUUUGCAGCGAUGAAGAAAAGUCCUGUAGCAAUUUCAUGUUAGGUGAGCACUAGCUCAUUUCAACCACUGUUGCAGCCAAUGAGAUUCUUUGAGCAUCAGAAGCCUGAUUGAUGGUGACAGCACAGUACAAAAUCAUAAAGAAUUGGGUUCAUUUUGUUUUAGUUCUAUUUUUUUAGAACCUCCAAAGUUGUAGAGAAGUGUGUGUGUAGCCCUUUUUUGAAUGGGGAAUUAAUACAACCUUGCAGGAAUUUCUAGGCUUUUGGGGGAAGCAGCCUUGCAUUGGGGUUUUAAUUAUGACUUUGAGAGACUGUGAGGUAAUCCUGCCAAAAGUGGUCUAAAUUGUCCCAUCUUGAGGAUGCAGUGUAUUGUGAUACGGAAUCUCAUCUGGGAUAAAGUUAUGUAGAUAUAGACAUGAAAGCAUGCUAUAUGUGUAGCCAGGCAGUGGGUGAGAUUGAACUCAUGAGCCCCAUCAGCGGAGAGUUUGAACUAAGGCUUAGUUUUUAGGUUGUGUCCUUGGAAGCGGGGACAACAAAGCAUUCUUGUAGAACAUUGGUUUUGAACUGAGCUGCAGAGAAUUGUGUGCAAGAUUGGGAUGGGGUGGGUAUCACACCGCUCUUCAGCUCAUGAAGCCUGUGGAACUACUUGCUCCCAGCUCUCAGGUUACAUUAUGUAGAGCAAAGCAGAUAAGCUGAUAGGAAGCCAUCCCCCCCUUCAGAAUUAGAAACUGACAACGUUGGUGUUUGCAAAUCUAUGUAGUUGUUAUGUGAAAUCCCAACUGUUGUUCUGCGUCUACAGCCAGUUUCCAAGCAGGAAGGCUCAUCUGUUGUACAUUUUGUUUUGUUUAAUGUAUUCACACCCAUGUCCCAUUGUGGAGUAGAAGAUGUAAGGUGCGCAUGCUGAUGUGACACAUCAUGGUUUUGUGAUGGGAGAACUGCUGGGAGGCAUCCCCUUGCCUUCCGUGAUUUUCUGGAGCAAAGGAAGACAAACUGCUUAUUUGAUGUCGGCAGCAAGCACUACUCCAGGACGAUUGUGACAUGAAAUGGAUAGAGAUGAUCGCACGCAAAAGGGAAGGCAGUUUUUGAAAUAAAUCCCUUUUCAUUUUUAAA